AUGAAUGAUGAUGACUUUGAUUGGAGGAGGCAUUUGUCCUUGCCCUAUGAGAAGAGUUCCUGGAAUCACAUGGCCUCUGUAGAUGAAAAGGCUAAAGAAACUGAAGCCCCCACUCUGCAAACAGCUCUGCAGGAGGCUAAGCAAACCAUUGAAGGCCAAAAGACAGAGAUUGCCGCCUUAAAAGAAUGGGUUGAUAUCUUGAAAGAGGAUCGAGAUUUCCUCCGGGAGAGACUUAAAGAGGCUCUUGCCGUAAGAAGUGACAAGGGGGUAGAUGUGGCCAGUAAUAUCCCACCAAUAGAGCAGGCACCUGGAAAGAGGAAACAGGUGUCAGAUGUAACCGAUUCCUCAUCCUCUGAUUCCUCAUCGGAUUCUGAGCCUGAUUCUGAGUCCCCAGAGCCCAAGAAAGCCAAGAAGAAGUCAAAGAUCCAGCCCAAAAAGGCCAAGAAAAUGGGCAAAAAACUAAGAGUCAAAACCCCUGACGACUCCAUCCGCCGCUACAACAUGGUGUUGGAAAAGAUUAAAAAGGAACGCAUCAGCAAAGCCGAAGCAUAUACAAGGCUUGGGGUGGAUCGGAAUACUAUUGUGUUUCAGGCUCCGAUUGCAGAACUUGCAGCGACUAACCCAGAUCUGUUCCAUACAUUGAGGUCCACUUUUAAAAGAAAGGACAGUCUGAAAAGGUUUGCUGAAACUUGCAGGGGAUUUUGUGAGCAGGAGCCUACAGCUUCAGCUAUCCUAAAGAAAAAGGAUGAUGGAUCCUUACUGGAUAUUUACAAGAAGUAG